AUGGAGGAAAAGCACGCAGCAGCCUUGGAAUCCGCGCAUACCGAAUCCAACGGUGUCUCUCACGGGGCCGACCACGGCUGGCAAAAGGUGACCUACGCUAAGAAACAGAGGAAGAAGACCAACAAUAGCGCCAAUGGAUCCGAUACUCGAGCCAAUUCCAACAAACUCGUUCCAAACGGAACCUUGUCCAGCUCCGAUGGCGUUUUCCGGUCGCUGGAGCUGCAAUCGGAGGACCGCCGCCGGAAAAUUCUGGAGGCGCGGAAGGCGGCCGAUGCCGCAUACGAUGAUGAUGACGCGCCGGUCAGAUCGAAGCAGCGGCCUCGCAACGACGAUGACGAGGAGGAGGAGAAUGUGGAGCAUUCAGCUGAGAAUGGGAAGGUGGAAGAGAAGAAGGUAAAGCAGAAGAGGCCGAAGAAGCCUAAGGUGACGUUGGCAGAGGGGGCGGCAAAGAUCGACGCCGCUGAUCUGGGCGCUUUCCUCGUUGAUAUAUCGGCAUCGUUCGAGAAAACAACAGGACAUAUUGAUGAUGCGGAGUCAACUGUGGCUAAGGUCACUGAUGUGAGUCCUCAGUUCCUUGUUUUCUUAUUAUUUUCUUCAAUGGAAAUAAUAGAUAAAGAAUUUCAUUUUGUUCCUCUCAGGUGUGUCUUUGGUGUAGUGAAGCUUAAUCGAGCUCUCCUGCUAAGGAUGCCACUUUCUCACAUAUCUGAUGCUGUAUAUAAAACAUCAAUUGACUGGAUUAACCAACGAUCCCCUGAGGCACUUAGUUCCUUUCUGCUUUGGUCUUUGGAUAGCAUUCUUGCUGACUUGAGUAGCCAGCAGACUGUGGCCAAGGGUUCCAAAAAGACUGUGCAGCAAGUUGCUUCAAAAUCUCAGACAUUAUUUCAUGGUAAUGAAGAAAUCAAAAGACUGAUACAAAAUUAUUGGCAACUCUUUCAACCAAACAAUGCUCAAAAAACAAAGAAAAUUAAAAUCCGAACUGACAAUACUGUUGAAGAAAAUAUAUACGAGUAA